CGGAGUGAAAGUAUUUCAGGAGCAGUUAGGAGCCCCACUUCUCUGUCCUCAGAGUGGCCACUAACCUCCCGAUAGUUGCAUUGCGCAGAAAACAAAUAGCAUCCAACUGGCAGGUUACGGUUCAUCAACCUUAAACAGAAAAAAAAUCGUGAUUGGAAGGCGUAACUAUGUUUUUCCUUUGUGACCACGGUGCGCAAAGGUUUUUUACUGUCGCUAAAGCUCACUGACAGAUUUUCUUGCUCAGUUCUGAAAUUUUCCUGAAGUGAACAAAGUGGACGGAGUCGCCCGUGGAGUGGGGUGCGACUGCCUGAGUGCUGGAGAGCGAUAAAGGGUUAAGGACGGAAAGUGGAAAGUGUGUCUCAGCAUGGAUGAGAAUGAGCAGAGCGCAAGAGACGCGGAGCAACGAGGAGCGGCGGACGAGUCCAACAGUGCCAUACGACCCCUUCUGCAAGCUCCAGGGAACCUGCAGCUCCCGCACCGCAUCACAAACUUCUUCAUCGACAACAUCCUGCGACCGGACUUUGGCCGCAAGAAAGAAGCGAACAUCACGCGCGAUGAGGGCAAUCUCGGCGCGCGAGAGAAUCUCAACCCUACGGGUCCUAGCACGGGACAGGUGGUAAGUACUGUACCAGCGGAGGGGACUUCUACACACACCAGCAGCGGAGGAAAGAAGGCAGAGAUAGAGAGCGAAGAGCCCCUGAAGACCCGCGGGGAGAAUGUGGAUCAGUGCCUGGGUUCAGAGUCGGAUAGUUCACAGUCCAAUUCAAGCGGACAACUUAGCCAGCCUAUGCUGUGGCCCGCUUGGGUUUACUGCACACGAUACUCGGACAGACCGUCGUCAGGUCCUAGAUCUCGUAAACCAAAGAAGAAAAACGCAAGUAAAGAGGACAAACGUCCGCGGACGGCCUUCACGGCGGAGCAGCUCCAGAGACUCAAGGCCGAGUUCCAGACCAACCGCUACCUGACCGAGCAGCGACGGCAGAGUCUGGCGCAGGAGCUGGGACUCAACGAAUCACAGAUCAAGAUCUGGUUCCAGAAUAAGAGGGCCAAAAUAAAAAAAGCCAGCGGCACCAAGAACACUCUGGCAUUGCACCUGAUGGCGCAGGGACUGUACAACCACAGCACCACGUCAAAGGAAGACAAAUCAGACAGUGACUGAGACAGAGAAA